AUGUCUCCGAGGAUGCUCUUCCCAUUAGACUGGAACAGAGCAGCAUCGCCAUCGCUCCUGACAACUUCCCUCGAGCCCUCCGCCCCAGACUCCCGUAGAGCUAACGACGCCAUCCCCGUGCCCAUCCCCGUAGCCGUCCCCUUUAGCCCACCGCCCAAAAUGAUGGAAAUCGACUUCUUGCGCACGCACGCCUUCCAGUGCCACGCCAUCGUCCGCAACGGCAGCCGUUGCCAGGAGAUCACGGGCCUGACCCAGCAGACGUGGAACCCGCCGUGCAAGAAAUGCGGCUUGCGGCCCAAGGCCGGCGACUACUCGGUCAAGUACGUGCCGAUGCCGGGCCCGAUGGUGCAGCAGACCAUCAACGGGGACUGGGUGAGCAGCUCCAAGGUGGUGUACAGGUGGAGCUUCGACGAGGAGCUGCAGCGGGAGGAUACGCAGGAGAAGAUCAUUGAGGAGGUGCUUCGGAAGGACUGA